GACACGUCGUCGCGUGUAAAAGGUCAAGGAAAAUCACACACACACACACACAGGCACUGCAACCUGUUCAUCAAUACACAAGAGAGAAAGAUUAUGCGCGAUGUGAAUACCUGUAGAGUUGCAAAGGGGGUGAAACUUUCUGGUAAAUUCCCGUAGGAAUUUAAGAUGGGGAAUUUUGGAAAUAUUCCACGUUAGAAACGAUGAGAAUUGUAGUAAUUCUUGGGAAAUGAGGGCAAUCUAUUGGUUGGUUAAUAGUUGCUAUAUCAGUAAACAUCCAUGCAAAAAUUAAAAGAUAAUUUUAGAAUGUUUUAGAAUUUUCCAUCCCAUGGAAAAUUCAUACAUUUUCAAAUUCUCCCAAAAAUGUUCGACCCCAGCUGUGAAGGCGUGUUAAUGGGUCAUUGGGCGUGAUGGGAUUGCCUCACCUGUAUGUUAAUAGGUCAGCGUGAGCCUCCUUUAGAAUUCGGUCCUAAGGAAGACACACAGAGACAGCUUCAAUGUUCACGUUUAAAGACAUCAGAUUACAGUUGUAAGACUAAAUAGGAGAACACAUCCAUGAUCCAUCUGUUUUCUAUAGUGCUUGUCCUCAUUCAUUUGGAAAGCCCUUUGAGCAUUUAUUCAAUAUCUUUGGUAUCCAUCUUCAAGUUCAUGUACCAGUGUGCUCCUUGUCCUAACUAGCUCACUAGUAUAACAACUCAUACUAGUAACUUUUUUUCCCACUAUGGUAUAACAUUUCUGCACACUAGUGGAACAACUUUGACAACUACAUGUUCUAAUGAGGCAGAACUGUGCACUAGUUGUGGGACAAAAUGUUAUAAUAUCACAAAAAAAAUGGUGUAUUUUCUAUGGAUUAGAAAAGAGUUAUGUCAUUCAAAUUCAUUUCAGUACCGUAUUGUGAGCAUUGUUGUGAGUAUGCUAACAUGUUAGCCACAAAAGCGUUUAUGUGAGCAAGGAGCAAUUACUUUAGAUAUGAUGCCCUCUGGUGGCCAAAAUGGGUAAGCUGUUAAAAUACACAAAUGCACGGUGGACGACUGGUUAGAGCGUCUGCCUCACAGUUCUGAGGACCACGGUUCAAUCCCCGGCCUCGCCUGUGUGGAGUUUGCAUGUUCUCCAUGUGCCUGCGUGGGUUUUCUCCGGGCACUCCGGUUUCCCCCCAAAUCCCCCCCAAAAAACAAAAUUUGGUAAAUGAAAAUGUUCGGUUCACCCCACACUUAAAAGUGGGCCAAAUUUCCGAGUUCCUUGAGAUAUGAGCCAUCGCUCGGCUGUUAUUGUUUUUGUUUGUUUGUUUCAGCCUCGACUUGCAAUGACUUGAGUUACGAGUGAGCUGCAGACUCUCCACAGCUCCAAUGAGUGAAAACAAUUAAGCAGGCGAGGGAGAGAGAGAGAGCAUGUGAAAAAGGGGUGGAGGGGAGUUGAGAUUUAGUGGCCUGCCUCAUGAAACAACCCCCCACUCACUAACCCACCCGACGCAAGAAAAGAGAGGACUGCUCAUCAGGAAAUUUCACUCGCUCGCCUCUUCCAACAAUGAGAUGAAAACAAGCGGCCUAUCAUCUCCUGUAACUCAGAGCGUCCUGACCAAGAAGAGGGAGUUCCAUCACUAACAACACAAAUAGAGAUAAAAGAAAUAGAAGUACAAAAUGUCACGAACGGACGAGGUCAACAAGAUGACGGAAAAUGUCUAUAGGGGCAUUCUGGACCAAUUUAACCCCAGCUUGAAGAAUUUUGUCACUAUGGGCAAACACUAUGAGAAAGCCCUCACAGGAGUGACGGUGGCAGCGAAGGGCUACUUCGACGCUCUGGUCAAGCUGGGAGAGCUGGCCAGCGACAGCCAAGGCUCCAAGGAGUUGGGUGACACAUUGUUCCAGAUGGCCGAGGUCCACAGACAGAUCCAGGUGCAGCUGGAAGACGUGCUCAAGUUGUUUCAUUCCGAGCUGCUGACCCAGCUGGAGCAGAAGUUGGAGCUGGACAUCAAAUACCUCACAGCCACAUUGAAGAAGUACCAGAAUGAGCGGCGGUCGAAAACCGAUUCUAUCGAGCGCUGCCAGAGCCAGCUGAAGAAACUGCGAAGGAAGAGCUUGGGCAGCCGUCACCCGAACAAGUACGGAGACAGAGAGAUGCAGUUUGUGGAGCUGAUGAGUCGGCGCCAAGUCGAGCUGGACUCGCUGGUCGCUACGGGUUACAGGUCGGCGCUCACCGAGGAGAGGAGGCGAUACUGCUUCCUGGUCGACAGACAGUGUUGUGUGACCAAGCUGCUUAUCAACUACCACUGCAAGGUGAGAGAGCUCCUGUCGCAAAAACUGUCAUCGUGGCAGCAGUCGUGCACUCAGCCGACCAAGCUUCCGGAGCGCGCGCUCAACCUGCUGCGUCACACGGCGCCGCAGAGCUCCGGAGCCGCCGGGAUCGCCGAGGUCCUCCGACACACCAAGCUGGGCAGCUCUCAGUCAGAACAGAGGCUGUCAGUACAAGAGGUCCCACCCCUGUUGAAUGGCGACCGCUCCCAGCAGCAGCGCUCGCUCCCCUCCUCGUCCUCGCUGAGCGACGCCUGUCCUCAGGGCUCCCCUCAGACGUUCCGGCCCGUGUCCGCCUCUGGAUUAGGGGGCGCGGGGGGUUCGUCGAGAGGAGCGUCUCCUCAACGCGGUUGCUCCCCCCUCAGCGUGUCCGCCGGGAGCCCCCUGGCCGACAGCAGCACUAGUGGCAGCGCCAGCCCGGCCGCGUCUACGCCCACGGGCGGCGCGGCCCAGUCCUCCGGUCUCCUCAUGGCCGCCAACACAAGCAACCUGUCGCCGAGCCUCAUCCCCUCCACCGUCAUGUCGCUCAGCCAGAUGUCCCCGACCGGUGGCUCCUCGCAGGGCGUGACCCUCGCCAUACCGCACGGCGCCCCCCACAGCCCCCUUCUGCCUCACAGCGCCCCUCUGUCCAGGGCUAUGACUCCUGUGCAGCUGCUGCACCAACAGGUGUGCCCGGGAGUUAACAACACUCUCCCACCUGCUCAUCCUUGGCUGAUGAAGGCUGCGGAGAUGUGUGCCACGGCCACUCUUCCGCUACCCAAGAGGCCUGGCAGUGAAAUGAGGCUAGGCGGCUUUCAAGGUGCCAGGACGCUACCUCUAUCGGGGCCCACGCGGGUGGAGGCCAUGUUCGCUCACUCGCCUGGAGAAUCUGAAGGUGUAGGAAGAGGAGGAGGCGGUGCUUCCUUGCUGCACUUCCUGCCCGGGGACAGCAUCACUCUACUGAUUUCUGAGCCGAGGGACGGCUGGCACUAUGGGCAGAAUGAUCGGACCGGACGGAAAGGCUGGUUCCCUUUCUCCUACACUCAGCCACAACAUAGCCGGACGGAUCACCUUCAGAGGCGAGUCAGCCUAGACCAUACACCUAAAAACUCGCUCUUCCUAUCAAAGGCCAACAGCACCAGCAUGAGCCAGCUGGACCAGCUGGUGUCUCCGGCUCUCACCCCAGAGUCCGAGGGGGAGCGCUCCCUCCCUCUCCAGAGGAUCAGCACCUUCCGCCCGCGCCCGUACAGCAUGGCUGACAGCAACAAGAUAUGUGCACAGUUGGCCUCCUCACCACCAUCUCCAACUAGGACCAACCCGUUUGCCCACGUUCGCCUCCGAAGAACGGUCACCAACGAUCGUUCAGCUCCCAUCAUCGAGUGAGCGCUCCUCUUUACAGAACAGAUUCAAUAGUACUCUCCUCCCUUUUAGUCAUUUAAUCUGAUUUUAGUUACUUGGGGGGGGGGGGGGGGGGGGGGCAGUAUUUCUAAAGGAGAGUGUGUGUGCGCGCGGAACAGAUCUGUGAUUAAGAGAAUAAAUCUUAAAUUGUUCAUUUCGACUAAAAGCAGGUGUGGGCCACUGUUUUCAGGAACGUCCUAAAUGUAUGAAGAAGAAAAAAUAGCAUGGAUCAAAUUAUUAUAUAUAAUAUUAUGAGCAAUGUUUUCAGGCCCACCGCUGCUCUAGAGAAACACUAAUAGUCAAAAUCGAGAUGAUUUUUGACAUUUUUGCUGUAUAUUAUCAGUCUGCUGUAAUCAUCAGUUUUAGGCUUCUCAAUAAGAGCUUCAUGUGCUCUUUAGCAAACCGUAGUGCUUUUGGUUUGCUUUCUUGCCUCAUUCACAGAAGUGCUUGUAGCUUUGUGUAUUGCAAGGACUGGCUCCUAUUUACAGCUUGACACAUCAAGUCAAGUGUUGUGCCUCGGGAACAGGUUCCUACUGUAAUUGUCGGAUUGUUGCCUUAGUUUCCAUACAGUUUUGAUUCAUGUGUUCACACUGCUUUUAGAUGUAGUUAUCGUGUAAAUUGUAUGACUUCACACCCAACUCUGAAUGUGCAGGUGAAGGUGAUGACAGGUUGAGGCCAGUAUUCAAACAAAUCUGCUUUGAUGUCUCAUAUUACCCAAUGUUGCUCUUUACCUCGCCUGGAGUAUGGAGUGGAUUUUAAAAAUAGGUUGCCCUUGUGUAAAAAUAUUAAAGAUAGAUUUGAUCAUUUUUUUGGUCAUUCUUAUAUCCACUACGAGGUACCCUUGAAGUGUAAUUAAUCUAUGAAAUAAUGAAUCAUAGAUGAAUGAAGAAUUUUCCCAGUAGAAGCCAGUUUUAAAGAAUGCAAAUGAGGACUGCAUUACCGUAAGCGUUAACAUCUGGACUGCAGGGUGGUUUUAUUAUUGAAAAGGUCGUUUUUCUUAUCUAGAAAGAAGAAAGUUGUGAAGGGUAAGUUUGAAGAAAAGUCAAUUUUUGUCUUUGGAUGUUUUUGAUUCCUUUUCAGUCCCCAUUAUAAAGUUAGUCAUCAUGAGGGUGGGAUAGACGAUUAUGUUUACCCAUGAGACUAAGAAGAAUUUUGUAUGGAACAAAAGCUUAUUGGAAAGUGCUGGAGAAGGUUUACAGGAAGGUUGACGGGAGCCAAGGAAGCAUUCAAUGGUUAACUAUAGAUAUCAAUUGCCUUUGAGUAGCUCUGUAGCCACAAGAGAAAUAUUGUGUUUGUAAAGUUUGUUCUAACUGCUCGUGAUUUUUUUUUUUUUUUUUGUCCCUCGAGGGACAUCAUCAGUCAAGAUGGCCACAAAAGUAAUGAAAACGUAAAUGCUUUUGCAUCAGCACAAAUUGUGAUUGAACAUGUAUGUUGUCUUCACUUUGGUAGUAGGAUUUCUGUACCUAUUGUAUAUUAUUGUCGAAGGAUGUUGGUUUAUAGUGCUUGAUGUGAAGUUUAAAUGAGUAAUGAUGUCAAAGGUCAAGUAUUUAAAUGACAAAGAAUCUAAUAAUAAACAAGAUAUCCAUCAGUUUGUUGGUAAAAUCCUGUAAUAAUCGAAUGCAGAGCACAUUAUGUAAUUACUUGACAAGUAUAUACAUUUAUGUGCUUACACCCCUCCCAUUUGUGUAAAUAUAUCUUUUCAUGUGACAUCAUCGAAGAACUCCAUGCCACAGAGGUUUAAGGCAGUGCUGGAAAAUAAUGAUGGCCAGCCAGACAAAAUAUUUACACUUUGGGCACAAUAUGGACAGUUUCACUUAGGGAUGUGCUCACUUUUGUUGCCAGCGGUUUUGGUUUUAAUGGCUGUGUGUGGGCACUAGUUGGACAUUCUCACUUAACGGUUUGCUCAUUUUUGUUUCCAGUGAUUUUGACAUUUAAUGGCUGUGGGCUGAGUUGUUUUCCAAUGGAAAGAUGUAUUUACAAAAAGGUGAAGUGCAUACCCACUUUAUUGAGCUACUGUAAAACUCUUCUACCAAAGUGAAAUGUCCACACUAUGCACACGUUUCCACAUUAGCUCUGUGAAAAAACAAAUAUUCUAUACAGCCAGAAAGAGUCUAUGUGGCUGCAGUUUCCUAACAUAACAAUGAAUACUGACAUUGUGUGAAAUAAAAAAUUAAAAUCUG